CAGGGCAAAUUCGGCACAGAGACUCUAACGGCAGUGGCUCAAUGCUUCUGACGCCUCCAACAGCCCGGGACUCUUGUACUAAGGCUGCUCCAUGGCCGGAGAUGCAGCGAGCGACUCGCCAGCCCGACAAACACUCGCCAGCCCGACAAACACUAGCCAGCCCGGCAAACACUCGCCAGCCCGACAAACACUCGCCAGCCCGGCAAACACUCGCCAGCCCGGCAAACACUCGCCAGCCCGGUAAACACUCGCCAGCCGUGCAAACACUAGCCAGCCCGGCAAACACUAGCCAGCCCGGCAAACACUCGCCAGCCCGACAAACACUCGCCAGUCUGGAAAACACUAGCCAGCCCCACAAACACUAGCCAGCCCCACAAACACUCACCAGUCCGGCAAACACUAGCCAGCCCCAGCUCCCCGUCCUACAUCUGUCCCCGCCGCUGCUUCUGCUUCCAUCCCUCCCUCAGCCCCGGCUCUCGAACACC